AUGUGUGGCGUUCCGCCGACGAUUGCGCCCGGUAUGGCUGCGCGGAUGAUCUCUGGAGCGGGCCUCGGCGGAGCCGGAUGCCCCCAGUUUCCGCCGUUUGGGUGGCCUUUCCCCGGGUAUGGGGAAGUGGCGGCGAGUAUGAGGCCGAGCUCUCUCAUGGCGUUAGAAGGGCAUGCGUGUAUAGGGGAUAAGAGACGGCUGGGAGACGGGAAGGCGGAUGCCGGAGACGAAGACACCCACGCGCGGAAGCGGCGCAGGCGGAGGGGUGGCGCGGAGCACACAGUAAGCGGAGAGGGCGCGGAGGUUGGGGGGGGCCACGGCGCCCAUCACGACAGGGGAAGCGUGGGGGAAUCGGGGGAGGGCGCGGAACGGGGGGGGCAUGGGAAAGGGGAGGCGGGGGAGGAGAAGGAGUGCAGUAACUGCGGCACGCACACGACGCCGUUCUGGCGGAAGGACAGGGCGGGCGGAGGGCAACACCUGUGCAACGCGUGUGGGCUGUACCUUGCUAAGAACGACGCCCCGAGACCCGCUGUACUGUGGAAACGAGAUGCACAUGGUUCUCACGACACGGCAUCACAUGACUCUCCUCUCCCCCCAUUCCCUUCCACGGGGUUUCACACCCCCCUCCCUUCCACUCAACCACCAACGGGGUUUCAAACACCCCUCCCUUCCACUCACCCACCCAAGGGGUUUCAGGCCCCCCUCCCUUCCACUCACCCACCCAAGGGGUUUCAGGCCCCUUUCCCUUCCACUCACCCACCCAAGGGGUUUCAGGCCCCUUUCCCUUCCACUCACCCACCCAAGGGGUUUCAGGCCCCUUUCCCUUCCACUCACUCACCCAAGGGGUUUCAGGCCCUUUUCCCUUCCACUCACCCACCCAAGGGGUUUCAGGCCCCUUUCCCUUGCACUCACCCACCCAAGGGGUUUCAGGCCCCUUUCCCUUCCACUCACUCACCCAAGGGGUUUCAGGCCCCUUUCCCUUCCACUCACCCACCCAAAGGGGCCCCUUUCCCUUCCACUCACCCACCCAAGGGGUUUCAGGCCCCUUUCCCUUCCACUCACCCACCCAAGGGGUUUCAGGCCCCUUUCCCUUCCACUCACCCACCCAAGGGGUUUCAGGUCCCUUUCCCUUCCACUCACCCACCCAAGGGGUUUCAGGCCCCUUUCCCUUCCACUCACCCACACAAGGGGUUUCAGGCCCCUUUCCCUUCCACUCACCCACCCAAGGGGUUUCAGGCCCCUUUCCCUUCCACUCACCCACCCAAGGGGUUUCAGGCCCCUUCCCCUUCCACUCACCCACCCAAGGGGUUUCAGGCCCCUUUCCCUUCCACUCACCCACCCAAGGGGUUUCAGACCCCUUUCCCUUCCACUCACCCACCCAAGGGGUUUCAGGCCCCUUUCCCUUCCACUCACCCAACCAAGGGGUUUCAGGCCCCUUUCCCUUCCACUCACCCACCCAAGGGGUUUCAGGCCCCUUUCCCUUCCAUUCAUCAACCCAAGGGGUUUCAGGCCCCUUUCCCUUCCACUCACCCACCCAAGGGGUUUCAGGCCCCUUUCCCUUCCACUCACCCACCCAAGGGGUUUCAGGCCCCUUUCCCUUCCACUCACCCACCCAAGGGGACUCAGCCCUUUUCCCUUCCACUCACCCACCCAAGGGGACUCAGCCCCUCUCACUUGCACUCACCCAUCCAAGGGGACUCAGCCCCUUUCACUUGCACUCACCCACCCAAGGGGUGUCAAGCCCCUUUCCCUUCAACUCACCCACCCAAGGGGACUCAGCCCCUUUCACUUGCACUCACCCAUCCAAGGGGACUCAGCCCCUUUCACUUGCACUCACCCACCCAAGGGGUGUCAAGCCCCUUUCCCUUCAACUCACCCACCCAAGGGGACUCAGCCCCUUUCACUUGCACUCACCCAUCCAAGGGGACUCAGCCCCUUUCACUUGCACUCACCCACCCAAGGGGUUUCAAGCCCCUUUCCCUUCCACUCACCCACCCAAGGGGACUCAGCCCCUUUCCCUUCCACUCACCCACCCAAGGGGACUCAGCCCCUUUCACUUGCACUCACCCACCCAAGGGGACUCAGCCCCUCUCACUUGCUCUCACCCACCCAAGGGGACUCAGCCCCUUUCACUUGCACUCACCCACCCAAGGGGACUCAGUCCCUUUCACUUGCACUCACCCACCCAAGAGGACUCAGCCCCUCUCACUUGCUCUCACCCACCCAAGGGGACUCAGCCCCUCUCACUUGCUCUCACCCACCCAAGGGGACUCAGCCCCUUUCACUUGCACUCACCCACCCAAGGGGACUCAGUCCCUUUCACUUGCACUCACCCACCCAAGAGGACUCAGCCCCUCUCACUUGCUCUCACCCACCCAAGGGGACUCAGCCCCUCUCACUUGCUCUCACCCACCCAAGGGGACUCAGCCCCUCUCACUUGCUCUCACCCACCCAAGGGGACUCAGCCCCUUUCACCCACUCGCGCAUCAUGCAAGGGUGGCAUCAGUGCAACUCAUCAUGUGCCACCAACAACAGGUGGCAUCAGUGCGACUCAUCAUGUGCCACCAACAACAGGUGGCAUCAGUGCAACUCAUCAUACGCCACCAACAACAGGUGGCAUCAGUGCAACUCAGCAUGUGCCACCAACAACAGGUGGCAUCAGUGCAACUCAUCAUGUGCCACCAACAACAGGUGGCAUCAGUGCAACUCAUCAUGUGCCACCAACAACAGGUGGCAUCAGUGCGACUCAUCCAGCGCAAGACUCAAAUCCCACCACUGACGUAG